AUGAGUAAAUUAAUAUUUGCAAAUUUUGUUACACAUUUUAAUAAACGAAUAAAUAAAGAUCAAUCAACCAACAUUGUUCGUCAAACUCAAAAUGUCAAUUCAUUUACAACACCUGCAAAGCGUAACAGAACCAUACAAUACUGUCCUUCGUUUACAGAUGUUAGAACUCCAUUUUCUAACAUUACAAAUGUUAUAAAUCCGUUAUCUAACAUUAGAAAUGAUAACAGCAGUUUCGAUAAAUAUACCACUUCCAAGUUAGAAAACAAAACACAGUACCAUGUACUUUCAAAUGAAAUGACAUCAAAAAAUGCAUCUACAGUAACAACUUCUUCAUCAUCAAUCAAGUUAAAUCCAAGAUGUCAUAAAUUAAAAACGAAGACAAGACAUUUAUCCCUUAUCCCAUUGAUUGAUUUGACAGAAGAUGUAGAAAAUAUACAUCAAGUGAACAAUGAAAAUUUAAUAGUUGGUAUCUCAAACGAAUAUUUGGAUCAUGGUGAUCAAGAUGUUGUAUGUCAAACAUGUCGUGCAAAGUUAUGGAGAAAUGAAUCCAUUAGAGGUAAAGAAAAGGGGAACACGAAUUAUUCAUUAUGUUGUGCUUACGGCAAAGUUCAACUUCCAGAUUUAAAGAAUGCAUCCCCGACUUAUGAAAGAAUGUUCCGAAAUAUGGAUUCAAAAAGCAAACACUUCAUGAAAAACAUUCGACGUUACAAUUCAAUGUUUUCUUUCACGUCGAUGGGUGGUAAAAUUGAUUCUUCAAUCAAUAGAGGAAACGCUCCAUACAUUUUCAGAUUGUGUGGUCAAAAUUAUCAUAGUAUUGGAAGUCUUUUGCCAGCAAAAGGAUCGGAACCAAAAUUCUCUCGUGGUGAAAAGGAUCAAUCAAUAUCAACUGAUAGUGAUAUUGUUGAAGAUAUUAAGGUGAUGUUGGAUUCAAAUAAUGUCUUGGUUAGAUCUUAUAGGAUGGUAAGAGAUACUUUUCAGAAAAAUCCAGAAGUUGAUAUGAACUUACGACUUAUCGGGAGAAAGGAGCAAGAUGGAAGAACAUAUAACCUACCGAUUGUUUCUGAGGUUGCUACUUUAAUAAUUGGUGACAUUUCGGAUUCAAUCGAAAAGAGGGAUAUCGUCGUUCAAACAAAAAAUGGUUGUCGACAACGUAUCAGUGAAUUGCAUCCUUCGUACCUUCCUCUCCAAUAUCCAUUGCUAUUUCCAUAUGGGGAUGAUGGUUAUAGUGUUGACAUUCUUCAUAGAGGUGCGUUAUUUACGACCAACAGCAAGCGUGUGAAAUGUACAAUGAGAGAAUAUUUCGCUUAUAGGAUUCAAGAUAGAGAUCAUUCGUUCUCUCUCAUAUUUAAUUCAAGAAGGUUGUUUCAACAAUUUCUGGUAGAUGCCUAUACUAUGAUGGAAACGGAGAGAAUGUACUACAUACGUAGGCAACAACAUGUUCUUAGAUGUGAUUCUUAUGAAAAUUUACGUAACCAAAAAGCACAAGGAACGACUGAUAUCUCGAAUGUCGGCCAACGUGUCAUAUUACCUUCAUCCUUUACUGGAGGUGCACGCUAUAUGCUGCAAAACUAUUUGGAUGCCAUGUCACUAUGUAAAUGGCUUGGAUAUCCUGAUUUCUGCAUAACCUUUACAUGUAAUCCCAAAUGGCCUGAGAUUAAAAGGUUUCUUAAGGAUACUUCACUUCAACCAGAAGACAGGCCUAAUAUACUAUGUAGGUUGUUCAAGAUCAAGCUUGAUGCAUUCAUUAAAGACUUAAGGAAGAAUCAAAUUUCCGCCAAAGUUCAAGCAUAUGUUUAUACCAUUGAAUUUAAAAAAAGAGGUUUGCCGCAUAGUCAUAUAUGUCUAUUCAUGCAUUCUGACAACAAGCUACCAACUGUUGAACUUAUCGAUCCGAUAAUUUCAGCAGAGAUACCAGACAGAAUUGAAGAUCCUAAAUUGUAUUCACUUGUAAAUGAGUUUAUGAUUCAUGGUCCAUGUGGAGCUGAAAAUAUGAAUUGUCCAUGCAUGGUGGAUAAAAAGUGCUCUAAAAAGUUUCCAAAACAAUUCAGUAAUCAUUCGUCUGUUGAUCAGAAUGGUUUUCCGUUAUAUAGGCGAAGAAACGAUGGUCAUUUUGUAGAAAAAUCAGGUGUAAGAUAUCCUUCUGUUGUCAGACUACCUUUUCGUCUUCCUAAUCAACAGCAGAUUGUAUAUGGCGAAGACGAUGAUAUUGAUGAUGUUCUUGACAAACCUUCUGUUGCGGCUUCAAAGUUCACAGCUUGGAUGGAGUGUAAUGCAAUCGACAGUGAUGCACGAAAACUCACAUAUGUUGAAUUCCCUACAAAGUUUGUUUGGAUAUUAAAUGGUCGGUUUUGGAAGCGAAGGAAAGUAGGAAAAUCCAUCGGUAGAAUUCAUUCUGUUUCACCUAAACUAGGUGAAGCAUAUUUCUUAAGGAUUCUUUUAAAUAACGUAAAAGGACCAACAUCAUUUGAUGAAAUUUGCACGGUAAAUGGUCAAACACAUUCUUUUUUUAGAGAUGCUUGUUAUGAACUCGGGCUAUUAGAUGAUGACAAGGAAUACAUUGAUGCAAUUAAAGAAGCAAGUCAUUCUCGAUCUGGUUUUUAUCUACGCUUUUUAUUUGCUACAUUGUUGAUGUGUAAUAGUAUGUCUAAACCAGAGGUCGUUUGGGAAAAUACAUGGGAAUAUUUGGCAGAUGGAAUUCUAUAUAGCCAACGACAAAGAUUUAAGUCAGCAGAAUUGUCACUUGGAGUAGAUGAACUUAAGAACUUAACUUUGUUCGAAAUACAACAAAUUUUACUUCGAAACAACUCUACUCUCAAAAACUUCAAAAACAUGCCAUACCCAGAUGUUGAAUCCGUUUCUUCUUCAAACAAUCGACUUAUCACCGAGGAGCUAGAUUACGACAUUCCCGUGAUAAAGAAUGACUAUGAUCGUAUGUUUCUUGCAUUAACAAAUGAGCAACGUAACAUUUUCCUAAACAUCAAGAGUGCUAUUCAAGAAAAUAAAGGAGGUGUCUUCUUUGUUUACGGUUAUGGUGGAAAGGGUAAAACUUUUUUAUGGAAAACAAUAUCUGCAGCAAUUAGAUCUGAAGGAAAUAUUGUACUAAAUGUUGCUUCAAGCGGUAUUGCUUCCUUAUUAUUGCCCGGUGGUAGAACAACACACUCUCGAUUUAUAAUUCCAUUUGAGCUUACAGAGGAUUCAUUUUGUAACAUAAAUCUAGAUGGUGAAUUGGCAAGCUUAAUAAGAAAAACCUCUUUAAUAAUUUGGGAUGAAGCACCUAUGGUCCAUAAGCAUGCAUUUGAAGCUUUAGAUCGAAGUUUGAAGGAUUUAUUAUGGUGCGUAAAUUCAACCAUCUCAAAUAUUCCAUUUGGAGGGAAAGUUAUUGUCUUUGGAGGAGAUUUUAGACAUAUUCUACCUGUUGUUCCGGGUGGCAGUAGACAGAACAUUGUAAAUGCUUCUUUGAGUUCUUCAUAUUUAUGGGAACAUUGCAAUGUCUAUAGAUUAACAAAAAACAUGAGGCUAACUGUUGGAAAGGAUCAAUCAGAUAUAGGAAAAAUAAGAGAUUUUUCAAAUUGGUUGUUGGAUAUAGGAGAAGGAAAACUUGGUGUCCAAACGACGGUGAAACGAUUAUCGAUAUUCCGGAUGAUAUUCUCAUUAAUGAUUCACAUGAUCCUACAGGUUCGUUAA